AAAGUGGAAGUUUCAGCAAUGAAUACAAUUUCAGGUGUCAAAGCAACUUAUCUUUUGGCUGUAGCAUUUUUGGAAAUAAUACGAUUUAGCAGUGAUGGUGGCAUUCUAAAUGGAGACCCAAGUUCGACCGCCUCUAGAAGUGCAUUCAACUGUGUCUUUGAAUACUUAAGAAGUCCAAAUCUUAUGCCAGCAGUUUCCCAGUGUUUGACAGCUAUUGUUAAUCGGGCGUUUGAAACAGCAAUAGAGUGGCUGGAGGAUCGAGCAUCUCAAACUGGGGCAGAAGCUGAGGUUAGAGAGUCUACUCUAUCUACCCAUGCCUGUUUCCUCAUAAAGAAUUUGUCUCAGAGGGACGAGCAUGUAAGAGAUAUCUCUGUUAGUUUGUUAACUCAACUAAGAGAUAGGUUUCCUCAGAUCUUAUGGCACCCAUCUUGUCUGGAUUCGCUGCUACUCUCUAUACAUAAUGAUCCACCUUCUGCUGUUGUGAGUGAUCCUGCAUAUGUUGCCAGUGUUCGCUCGUUGUACCAAAAGAUUGCUCGGGAAUGGAUCAUUGUUUCACUUUCACAUGCACCAUGCACUAGUCAGGGCCUUCUUCAGGAAAACCUUUGCAGAGCUAAUACAUGGCAGCAAUCACAGCCUGCAGCUGAUGUUGUUUCUCUUUUGUCUGAGAUAAGGAUUGGUUCAGGCAAGAAUGAUUGUUGGAUUGGCACAAAAACAGCAAAUAUACCUGCAGUUAUGGCUGCUGCUGCAGCAGCUUCAGGAGGAAACUUGAAAUUGACUGAUGCAUUUAGUUUGGAGGUUCUUGGUACUGGUGUGGUUAGCGCAACAGCGAAGUGUAACCAUGCUGGAGAAAUUGCUGGCAUGAGAAGGUUAUAUGAGAGCAUUGGUGGUCUUGACAAGUCCCAACCUAACGGUCUUGAUGUCGACCUUCCAGGGUCGGAAUCUCCUGCACAACCGAAAACUGAAUCCUUUAACGGAAUGGUACUUGCCAAGUUUGUAAGAUUGCUGCAGAAGUUUGUAAAUAUUGCAGAGAAAGGUGGUCAAGUAGACAAAUCAUCAUUUCGUGAAACUUGUUCACAAGCAACUGCCUUGCUUCUCUCAAAUCUGGAUUCAGAUUCAAAGUCAGACAUUCAUAAUUUUUCGCAACUUCUACGUCUUCUUUGCUGGUGUCCAGCUUACAUAACCACACCUGAUGCUGUGGAGACUGGUGUAUAUAUCUGGACAUGGUUAGUUUCUGCUGCUCCUCACUUGGGAACCCUUGUCCUUGCCGAGCUUGUAGAUGCAUGGCUCUGGACAAUAGAUACCAAGAGAGGCCUUUUUGCAUCUGAUAUAAAGUGCUCUGGACCUUCCGCAAAGUUGAGGCCUCACCUUGCUCAUGGAGAGCCUGAGCCUAAGCCUGAAAAGGACCCUGUUGAACAGAUAAUGGCUCAUAGGCUCUGGCUUGGAUUCUUUAUUGAUCGAUUUGAGGUAGUUCGGCACAACAGUGUUCAGCAGCUUCUGCUGCUUGGUCGGAUGUUACAAGAAACAACAAAGCUGCCGUGGAAUUUUUCACGGCAUCCAGCAGCUACCGGGACUUUUUUCACCACUAUGCUUUUUGGCCUAAAAUUUUGCUCUUGCCAAACUCAGGGGAAUCUUCUGAACUUCAGAUCAGGGCUUCAGUUGCUAGAAGAUAGGAUAUAUAGGGCCUCUUUAGGGUGGUUUGCUCAUGAACCUGACUGGUUUGAUUUAAGUAACAACAACUUUGCUCAGAAUGAAGCUCAAUCCAUUUCCAUAUUUGUCCAGCAUCUUUUAAGUGAGAGGGUGGACACCCCCCAGCUUGAUCAGAAAGCAAAGGGGCUUGAAAAGGAUAGCUCUGUGAAUGAUGUGAAGGAUCAAUAUCACCCAGUUUGGGGUCAGGUGGAUAACUACGCUACUGGACAAGAGAAGCGAAAGCAGUUACUGCUGAUGCUGUGCCAGCAUGAGGCAGACAGACUUGAAGUUUGGGCUCAACCAGUGGGAUCAAAGGAACAAUCUUCUCGGCUUAAAGUUAGCUCGGACAAAUGGGUAGAAGUUGCAAAGACUGCUUUCUCUGUUGAUCCUCGAAUUGCUUUAUCAAUGGUUGCAAGGUUUCCAGCAAGUGCUCCACUGAAGACUCAAAUCACCCAACUUGUUCAAACACAUAUAUUGGAGAUCCGCAGCAUUCCUGAAGCUUUGCCUUAUUUUGUGACCCCCAAAGCCGUGGAUGAGAAUUCGACACUUCUGCAACAAUUACCACAUUGGGUACCUUGUUCAAUUACACAGGCUCUGGAGUUCCUUACUCCAGCAUAUAAAGGACAUCCACGAGUCAUGGCUUAUAUUCUCAGGGUGUUGGAAUCUUAUCCACCAGGGAGAGUAACAUUUUUCAUGCCCCAGCUGGUGCAGGCACUGAGAUAUGAUUCAGAGAAAUUGGUUGAAGGCUACUUGCUUAGAGCUGCACAAAGGAGUGAUAUUUUUGCCCAUAUAUUGAUAUGGCAUUUACAGGGUGAGAGUUGUGUUCCUGAAGGGGAGGAUGCAACAUCUGCGAAGAAUACCUCAUUCCAAGAACUACUUCCGCUUGUUAGAGAACGAAUUAUUGAUGGUUUCAAUCCUAAAGCACGUGACAUAUUUCAAAGAGAAUUUGAUUUCUUUGACAAAGUCACGUCUAUAUCUGGUGUCCUCUAUCCACUUCCAAAGGACGAAAGACGAGCUGGCAUAAGAAGGGAGUUGGAGAAGAUACAACUAGAUGGAGAUGAUCUAUAUUUGCCUACUGAUCCCGAGAGACUUGUCCGUGGUAUUCAAGUUGAUAGUGGAAUUCCUUUACAGUCGGCAGCAAAGGUUCCAAUAAUGAUCACAUUCAAUGUGGUGGAUAGAGAUGGGGAUCACAAUGAUGUGAAGCCCCAAGCUUGCAUUUUCAAGGUCGGAGAUGACUGCAGACAAGAUGUUCUUGCUUUGCAAGUGAUUUCGCUUCUGAAGGACAUCUUUGAAGCUGUUGGGCUUAAUCUCUAUUUGUAUCCUUAUGGAGUACUCCCGACUGGCCCAGAGAGAGGAAUAAUUGAGGUCGUGCCCAAUUCACGGAGCAGGAGUCAGAUGGGUGAGACAACUGAUGGUGGCCUGUAUGAGAUAUUCCAACAGGACUUUGGGCCUGUUGGUUCGCCAAGUUUUGAAGCUGCUCGUGAGAACUUCCUCGUCAGUAGUGCUGGAUAUGCAGUUGCUAGUCUCUUGCUUCAACCAAAGGAUAGACAUAAUGGGAAUCUUCUGUUUGACAGUGCGGGCCGGCUUGUUCAUAUCGAUUUUGGUUUUAUUUUGGAAACUUCACCCGGUGGAAAUAUGCGAUUUGAAAGCGCCCACUUCAAACUGAGUCAUGAGAUGACUCAAUUACUAGAUCCAUCCGGAGUAAUGAAAAGUGAGACGUGGUUCCAAUUUCUAAGUUUGUGCGUGAAAGGUUACCUUGCCGCGAGACGCAAUAUGAACGGGAUCUUAAGUACAGUGCUAAUGAUGCUGGACAGUGGAUUACCUUGCUUCAGCAGGGGAGAUCCUAUCGGCAAUCUGCGCAAAAGAUUUCGACCUGAAAUGACCGAACGUGAAGCGGCCAAUUAUAUGAUCCGUAUAUGCACGGAUGCCUAUAACAAGUGGACAACUGCUGGUUACGAUUUGAUUCAAUAUUUGCAACAGGGCAUUGAAAAAUGAGGCACCAUCUCAAUCUCAACUCCCUGCUGUGAGUUGUAUAUAUUGUUCCCUUCCAAUCUUUUCUUUCCUUUCCAAUCUUUUUCAUCUUGUAGUUUGCAGGAAAUAGAUGUGGGGGAAACAACAAGAACAAAUAGAUACCUUUAUUUAUUGAUUAAUUUAUUUUAAUCCCCCCUUGAUUUAUAAGAAUGUAAACUGUAGAUAUUGAUGAAUAAUUGAAACUCUUCCGAGGAAAAUUGGUAUAUAAAAGAAAUAGUCUUUUGUUGGGAUGAGUAGCUAU